AUGGCCCCAGACACUGAUGAUGACUUAUUCCUCAUGAUCGAUGGUUAUGACGUCCAACUGCAGCUCGGACCCGAAGUAUUGAUACAGCGCUACUUCAAAGUAGUAGCAGCCGAAGACGAGCGCAUCAUUCAGCAGCUCGGGCCUGCCCUAGCCGAGGAGGUUGCCGGGCCUUUAGGGCGACACGUUGUUUUCGGCGCCGAUAAGGUAUGUUGGCCUACAGACCAGAGGCGGCCAGGGUGCUGGGCCAUCCCGCCGGUUCCAGGCAUGGAUGACCGGAUGUUCGGGCCCCUGACUGAGUCGGGCGACAUGGCCUUCCUCCGUCCACGCUGGCUGAACAGCGGUACGAUCAUGGGCCCGGUGAAGGAGGUUCGCAGCCUCUUUCAAGCCACUCUUGCGCACAUCAAUGCUACUUACAGGCCAGAUUAUGAGUUUCGCGAGAGCGAUCAGUUCUACAUGACCGAAGUCUGGGGGCUUCAGGAGCUUGGCCGCAUCAACGCACAGCUGGAAAAGGACUCAGGAGCGAAGCAUCCGAGUCAUGUUGACGAUGCCUUUUGGCCCAAGCCCGGGCCCGAGUCCAAUCAUCACAUCGCUAUCGACUACUGGAGCAAUCUCUUCCAGACAUGGGCCGGCUACACUGAAUACGUUGACUGGCGCACGUUUGAUAGACCUGGUCACGCCUUUACCGUGGACCAGAAUGUUCGGGCCGAGGCCACAUUCAGACCAUGGGACCUUCACCUUGCCGGAGACGCCAUGCGUGCAAUUCACCGCAUAUUUGCCUCUGCAAAACGUUCUACCCUCAUGGGAAAGACGUCAGAUGAGCUCAUUCUCGAGUCGCAAUUUGGUUCUAACAUCAUCACGAAGACGACAUUGCCAAUUUAUCACUGCACAGGGGCCAAGGAUGCGCUGGAGGCAUUUUGGCCGCGCAUGUGGUUCUUCCCAUACAUCAGAAGUCUUAUGACAUCAGCCAUAGCUUCUUGCAGAGCUGGCGAGGCAUACACGCCGCGGCCUGUCGAUGGUAGGAUGUGGUACCCAGCGCUGCCGUAUCCGGAGGAUAUUCGUCUCGACGAUACGGGCGCGUGGUCGGAUGGCAGCGCUGACUCGGGAGAAGUGGAGUGGCUCUCAUUUGAGACGCUAUGCAGACCGUUUGAGGAGGAUAUAUUUGGAUGA